UUCCUCUCCCAAAUCGUCAUCAUUAUUCCAGAAUCACUGUAUCAUUGUUGGAAAUUCUUUAUUAAACUAGAACAAUAGCCAACUCAGCGAAGGAAGUGAGUUCUACCCUCCACUGGCUUGGCUUUUAACAGUAAACAGCAACAGCAAGUUCUGUCUGUCUCUGCCUCUGCGUCUCUCUCUCUCGCCCCCACUGGGGUCACAACCAUCUCAUAGUUAAAAGAAGUCAUAAACAAAUUCACAUCUGCUACGAAAACAAAAUUCAAGAAUUCAUACCACCCCAUUUCGAUUUUUGAGAACCCUCAAGUCCCAAUAUAAACUUUCUUGAUUCUGUCCUAAACUUGAAGAGACCAAAGACAAACUUAAUAACAGCUAGUUAACUCUACUGGGCUGGUCUUCAUUUUUGGUGCAUUUUUGGUUUUGCCACGAAAAAUGAAGCCGAAACCAAGCCUUUUGCUUUUGAUAACCUUCUUUGUGUUUCUUUCACUGAAUUCUUUUUCUACUGUGGAGUCAGAUCUAGCUUCAGAGAGGGCAGCUUUGGUUACUCUGCGUGAUGCAGUUGGAGGCAGAUCACUCUUGUGGAAUCUUUCAGAUAAUCCAUGUCAAUGGGUAGGAGUGUUUUGUGAUCAAAAUAGAAGCACAGUUGUUGAGUUAAGGUUACCUGGCAUGGGACUUUCAGGGCGGUUGCCGGUUGCUCUUGGAAAUUUAACAAGUUUGCAAACGCUUUCUGUAAGGUUCAAUGCACUUUCAGGGCCAAUUCCUGCCGAUAUAGGCAAUAUUGUUUCUCUACGUAAUCUUUAUUUGCAAGGGGACUUCUUUUCUGGGGAGAUUCCUGAAUUCUUGUUCAGGUUGCAGAACUUGGUAAGGUUAAACUUGGCUAAUAAUAACUUCUCAGGUGUGAUCUCUCCAAGUUUUAAUAAUUUGACUAGGUUGGAUACUUUGUAUUUGGAGGAGAAUCAGCUUACGGGUACUAUUCCUGACUUGAAUUUGCCACUUGAUCAGUUCAAUGUUUCUUUUAACAAUUUGACUGGUCCUGUUCCUCAGAAGCUGUCUACCAAGCCCUUGAGUUCUUUUCAAGGGACCUUGCUUUGUGGGAAGCCUUUGGUUUCUUGCAAUGGUGCUUCAAAUGGGAAUAGUAAUGAUGAUAAGUUGUCUGCUGGAGCAAUUGCUGGUAUUGCUGUUGGAUGUGUGAUUGGAUUUUUGUUACUUUUAAUGAUCUUGAUCUUCUUGUGUCGACGAAAGAGAGACAAAACAGUAGGAUCUAAAGAUGUUGAGCUGCCCAAGGAGAUAGCAGUUGAGAUCCCUAGUGGGAAGGCUGCUGGGGAAGGUGGUAAUGUAAGCGCAGGGCAUGCUGUGGCGGUGGUGAAAAGUGAAGCUAAGAGCAGUGGGGCUAAGAAUUUGGUGUUCUUUGGGAACACGGCGAGGGCAUUUGGUUUGGAGGACUUGUUGAAAGCUUCUGCAGAGGUUCUGGGAAAGGGGACUUUUGGCACUGCCUAUAAGGCCACUCUGGAUGUGGGGUUGGUGGUGGCUGUGAAGAGGCUGAAGGAAGUAAUGGUACCGGAGAAGGAAUUUAGAGAGAAGAUUGAAGGGGCUGGAAAGAUGAAUCAUGAGAAUUUGGUUCCAUUGAGGGCUUAUUAUUACAGCCAGGAUGAAAAGUUUCUUGUUCAUGAUUACAUGCCCAUGGGAAGUUUAUCUGCGCUUUUGCAUGGAAAUAAAGGGUCUGGCAGGACUCCAUUGAAUUGGGAGACAAGGUCUGGCAUUGCCCUUGGAGCUGCCAGAGGAAUUGCAUACAUCCACUCUCAAGGCCCGGCAAGCUCUCAUGGAAACAUCAAGUCAUCAAAUAUCCUCCUUACUACUUCACUUGAAGCCCGCGUCUCCGACUUCGGCCUUGCACACCUUGCAGGUCUUACACCCGCGCCCAACCGUAUCGAUGGCUAUCGUGCACCAGAAGUGACAGAUGCUCGUAAAGUAUCACAAAAGGCUGAUGUCUACAGCUUCGGUAUAUUGCUGUUGGAAUUGCUCACUGGAAAGGCUCCAACACAUUCACAGUUGAAUGAUGAGGGUGUAGACCUUCCAAGAUGGGUCCAAUCUGUUGUCAAAGAAGAAUGGACUGCUGAGGUGUUUGAUCUAGAGCUUCUUCGAUAUCAGACUGUAGAGGAAGAUAUGGUUCAGCUCUUACAGCUCGCAAUCGAUUGCACUGCCCAAUAUCCUGAUAACCGUCCUUCAAUGUCCAAGGUGAGAAGCCAGAUUGAGGACCUUUGCCGCUCUAGCUCUCAAGGACAUGACAUUGUAGAUGACAAGCCCUCUUAACAUACUUGUUGAGUUGAUUCAGAUGCACCACCAUCUUCUCAAAGGACAAAGAAACAUCAGCAAUCUGUCAAUGUUUCCUGGUGUUCCAUACAUUGUUUAAUAUAGCACUUCAUUUGUUUGUUUCUCGGGUUCAUUUCAUUUAUGAACUCUUCCUUUUCCAUUCCUUCUGUCCAUUUGCCCUUGUUUUCGUAGCUGCAGUUUACUUCUGCAUUUUGUUUUACCUUUCAUGUCGUAUUUCAUAGGAGAACUCCAACAUUAUUAAUAUUUGUACUUGGCUGUGUGUAAGUGUGAAUAACUAGCAAGUUAUUUCAGUUGAGUACAUGAUCCUGUAAUUCUUUUAGCAUCUUUUACUUUGGUGCUUUUCCUUUGUAAGCUUUUGGUCAUGAAUGUUAAGCUUUUGGUA